AUGGGCCAAAGGGGAAGUAAAAUCGAGGUCACCAAAGCUGAUAGAGCUAUUCUCCAGUUGAAAAUAUCCAAGGACGAAAUUCACAAGUAUGCCAGAAGAACCGAGUCGCUGAUCGCGAGUGAGGACUUGCAAUUAAGAAAUAUUAUCAAAGCAGACCCCAAGGCAAGCAAUAAGAACCCACGAGCACGACUCUUACUUAAAAAGAUCCAUUAUCAGAGACGGCUUUUAGAGCAAGCCUCUGAUCAAUUGAUAAAUCUGGAAAAUAUGGUCGCGACCGUGGAGUUUAAGCUUGUAGAACAGCAGUUUAUAAUAGGACUUCGACAAGGUAAUGAAAUUUUGACCAAAUUGAAUAAAGAAUUUACGGGGGUAGAUGACCUCAUGGACCAAGUUCAAGACCAAAUUGCGUAUCAGGAUGAAAUAGAUCAAGUGUUGUCGAGCAGCAUUGUGGGAAGUUAUGAAGAUGAGUUAGAGAGAGAGCUCAAACAGCUAGAUAGAGAGGUUAAUGGAUCAGUGAAACAAUCCGAAAUGCCGUCAGUAGAAGGACCCACGAAACAGCCUGAAAUGCCUUCGGUAGAAGGACUUCCAGAGCCCCAGCCGGAACGUGAGGAACCCGCGGUAGAGGAAGAACGACCACACGAAGCACCACUGCUGGCGUAA